GCGCUGGCGCCAAGCUCCGGCACGUUCAGAGAGACUUGAGCAUGUUGCUGCGGGGACUACAGCUAUGCAAAGAGGUUUAAGAGAGUCGGUGUUAACUCUUAACGUUGCACUUUUCACCCAUUUAAAGGUGUUUCACAGACAACCUGGAGCUACGAGGAGUUGUCCCAAAGUGCGUCAGUUUUAGCACUAACGUUACGUCACGUCGCGUUACGUUAGUUAGUCUGCUGCUGAUUUACCAGCUAAGAGACACACAAUGCCUUCUCUCUCCCUCAAAGGAGUGACAGUGAACUUCCCUUUUCCUCCAUAUGGCUGUCAGGUGGACUACAUGAACAAAGUGAUUGAGUGUCUUCAGAAGAAGGAGAACGGGGUCCUGGAGAGUCCCACAGGUACUGGUAAGACCCUGUGCCUACUGUGUGCCACCCUGGCUUGGAGAGAGUACUUCAAGGACACCAUCUCCGCCCGCAAGGUAGCGGAGAGGCUAGGCGGGGAGGAGAUGUUCCCAAAAACACCGCUGUCAUCCUGGGGGACGGCUGCUACGGACGGUGACACUCCAACCUACUACAGCGAUGUCCCCAAGAUCAUAUACGCAUCGAGGACGCACUCUCAGCUGGCGCAGGUCAUCAACGAGUUAAAGAACACUUCGUACAGGCCUAAGGUGUGUGUGCUGGGGUCGAGAGAGCAGCUGUGUAUCAACCAGGAAGUGAUGCGUCAGGAGAGCAACCAUGUCAAGGUCCAUAUGUGCAGAGCGAAGGUUUCCACCAGGUCGUGUGUCUUCUACAACAACGUUGAAGAGAGGAGCACCGACAGAGACUUGGCCGAUAACAUCCUCGACGUGGAAGACUUGGUCAAAUUCGGCAACAAACAGAGGGUCUGUCCUUACUACCUGUCCCGGUCCUUGAAGCAGCAAGCAGACGUGGUUUUCAUGCCGUACAACUACCUGCUGGAUCCAAAGAGCCGCAGAGCGCACAACAUCGAGCUGAACGGCGCCGUGGUCAUCUUCGAUGAAGCUCACAACGUGGUAAGGCUGUGUGUGAUAACUCCAGCGGAGAUAUCAAAACUCCCUUUCAAAGACACUCAGAUACUCCUGAAUCUGGAAGCUGCCGUCGAUUCCUAUGAAGUUCCGAGUGAAAAAGGCAUCACGAAACCGGGAAUCUUCAUCUAUGAGCUGUUGGAGAGAGCCCACCUGACCUACAACAGCAAGACGGAGGUCUACGAAGCUCUGGAGCAGAUCCUUGGACACUUAACAGGACAGCAAGGAGUGUUCCUGAACACAACGGGGCUGCAGAAGCUCGCUAACAUCAUACAGCUGGUGUUCUGCGGUGAGCCGUCAGAUAAGGAGCGGCAGCAGCAGAUGGAGCGCAACACGGCGUAUUUUAAGGUCCACAUCCAUCGAGACAACAGCUAUCACAAGAAACCCUCGGGCGCCGACGCGUGGGCGGCAACGUCAACAAAGAAACAAGGCAACAUCCUGAGUUACUGGUGCUUCUCUCCGGGCUUCAGCAUGCAGGACCUGGAGAAUCAAGGUGUUCGCUGCAUCAUUCUGACCAGCGGGACCCUCUCCCCGCUGUCCUCCUUCACCUCUGAGAUGAGGAUAAAGUUCCCCGUGAGCUUGGAGAACAGCCACGUGAUCGAGCGGGACCAGAUCUUCGUCGGGGUCAUUGACCGCGGCCCGGACGGCGUGCAUCUAAGUUCCGCGUUUGAUAGAAGGUUUCUUCCUGAGAACAUGGCGUCUUUAGGCAGCACUGUUGCCAACCUGAGCCGCGUGGUCCCUGAUGGGCUCCUGGUCUUCUUCCCCUCCUUCCCUUUGAUGGAGAAAACCCUGGACUUCUGGAGAGCCAACGGACACGCGGAUCGCAUCGAGAACGUCAAACCCAUGUUCGUCGAACCCAAAGGGAAGGGCAACUUCAACGAGGUUAUUGACGGAUAUUACAACAAGGUCAACGAUCCGGCGUCCAAAGGAGGAACUUUCUUUGCCGUGUGUCGCGGGAAGGCCAGCGAGGGUCUGGACUUUGCGGACUCCUUUGGUCGGGGGGUGAUCAUCACCGGGCUCCCCUUCCCCCCGAGGAUGGACCCUCGGGUCGUCCUCAAGAUGCAGUUCCUGGACGAGAUGAGUCGGAAGAAAACUCCUGGCGCAAAGGAAGCUUUCAGGUUCACCAGCUCCAACGCCAGGGCUCAGCUUCCGUCGUGGGUCAGGCCGUACGUGCGUCUGUACGCCAGCUUUGGGAACGUAAUCCGUGACGUCUCUCAGUUCUUCAGGGUCGCACAGAAAAUGACUGGUGGGACAGAAGACAGGUGCUACCUUCUCGACUCCCACAGCGGAGUCAUCGUCCUCUCUGCGAUGGUCCCCUCGGUCCAGGGCGUCCAGCAGGUUGGCCGGUCUCUUCUGGCUCUCCUGCAGCUCACACUCGUACUCCACACAGAUCCUGGCCAUCCCAUUGGCUCCGGUGUGCUCGCUGGGAAGGUGGGCGUCCAGCGCCUUGGCCUUCUGGGUGUGGGGGCUUCGGGAGGAGGAGGAGCAGGAUGUGGACCCAGGGGACUGGAGAGGAAACCGGGCGUGUCGGGGACCGUCUCCGGGCGGGGGACGGCCAGCCGGGUGAAGGAUUUCCUGGCAGAGAUGAAGACGUCCCUGAGCCAGAUCAGCUUUGACCGCAUCAUAAAGGCCCUGCAGACCUACAAGAAGACGGACAACCUGGACGUCCUGCUGACGGAGACGGCUGCACUAACUCAGGACGCCAAUACUCACAGUCUGCUGCGGGGCCUCUACCAGUUCAUCCGCCCGCAUCACAAGAGGAGUUUUGAUGAGAAGUGCCAGCAGCUGACGGGGAAGGGCUGCGGAUACAAACCGGAUCACUCGCUCUCUGCAGACGAGAAGAAAGCGCUGAUGCUGCAGAGCGCUGCAGCAAGUCAUCCCGUUGGAGGUCCAGGUUCCUCCAGUCAGCCUGGUGGAGGUCCAGGUUCCUCCAGUCAGCCUGGUGGAGGUCCAGGUUCCUCCAGUCAGCUGAACACACAGCAGCUCAACAAAGGAGGACGCCACCUCAACCAGCACGCUGCAGCUAGUCAUCCUGCUGGAGGUCCAGGUUCCUCCAGCUGCACGCCCGCCUGCAGUCAGCUGAACACACAGCAGCUCAACAAAGGAGGACACCACCUCAACCAGCAGGGACAGACACAGCCUCACUCUGGUUCUGGUCCAACCAGAGACGUCCCUGCUGCCUUUCUGGCUGACGUGAAGAAAGCCGUCGGAGCAGAGAAGUCAGCGCAGCUGUUUCAGGUCAUUCAGAGCUACAAGAAGACGGACAACUACGACAACCUGGUGGCCACGGUGGUGAGCUUGUUCACGGAGAGAGACGAGGACUUCAACCUUCUAGUCAGAUUUGGCAUGUUUAUUCCCGCUCGCCAUAAGAAGCAGUACCAAGACAUGCUGGAUGCUUUGAUAGGGAACUCUGUCUCUGUGGUUCCUGCUGAGACUGAAGACCAGCAACGACCAGCUACGUCGUCUCCGAAGGCACAAAGCAAGAUUUCCAGUUUCUUCUCAAACAACCAAAGAAAGUAAAAAUCUGAGUUACGAUUCUUCAGUUCUGUAUUUUUAAGCUGCUGGUGUAAAUUGUAAAUACGGGUGCAGUUUUUACUUGUUUUGUAUUAAAUGAAUGUCGUGACCGUGUAAUAUGGAGGAAUAUUAUGCUUAUGUUAAGUUUUUAAAUGUCUUCAGACAAUUAAAUUUAUGAAAG